ACUGGACUUGGCUGUUUAUCUUUCUGCCAUGCCUUGCGCUUCUAAUAAUUUUCAUAGUUGUAUGUCUUUGCCUUUACUACUGGUUAAAGAAAAGAGAAACGCAGAGAGCCAGAAGGAAAUCAGCGCUUGUGAAUGCCGAUCACCCACUUGGCGAGGUAUCGAUGAAGCUUGAUGCACCAGCAUCCCUAGGCUUACAACAUGGCUACAUCGACCGUAAGAGAGGUCUCCUCCAUAAACAUGCACAAAGCAGAAAAUCUGAAGACGAGGAGGAUUUGUUUUGUGAACAAUCACUAGAUCUGAACUUAGAAACAAAGACUUGGACACAGUUAGAACGCGGGAAACGCCCUCCUGUCAUUAAUAAAGCCUUCUCUGGAGCGGUCACAACCAGUUCAAAUGGCUCUAUCUCAAACGGAUAUGACAGAAAAUCAAAACAAUCGAAAAGCAUUGCUGGCAGGUGGAAAUCAAAGACCAAGAAUUUCUUGACUACAAGAAUGGCUGCCAAUAGCUUCAGAGGAGGAAUUAAAAACAAUCAUCCAAAAUCGUACGAGAGAAAUACACGAGCAUCAAGCGGGCGUGGUCCGAAUCUGAAAAUAAGCAAUGGAAUUCACCCUGAACCUAUUAAGAAGACGAAAAGUGUAGCUGGAUCUAGACCAGGGUCAAGAGCUGAGUCUAGAGCUGUCUCUAGAACUGGAUCUCGGAGGGGAUCAAUAGAUAACCUCGUCAUAUCGAGAAAUAAUAGAAUGCCAAGAAGUAAAACCAUGGUGCUAGCUCGACAAAAAGAAGAGAAGAAACCAGAUAUCUUCACUAUGCCUGAAGAGUAUGUAAUAGAAGGAGGUCCUAAUGAAGUUAUGCCUACACGUCCAAUACCUGUUACCGGCAAUAUCUUACGUGACACAUAUCAGUCAUUGAACAGGAGAAGUUUAAGCAAACUAACACUUAAAAAACCAGGAGCUAGCAAGAAACCCUGGCAUUAGUAACUGAAAACAUGAAAUGUGUUUAAAAACGAUGAAUGUUUGAUGAAAAAAAGCUAGAGAUUGACCUGUUUUGUUUAGGAAUUGAAAUUUUUCUAGUCUUUUUUUUUAAAUGCAUACGAAAAGGAGCUUGCAGUUCCAUUAAAAGGACACUGGAGUUUUCCAACAAAACUUUGACACAGUUGAGUUGCAUAUUUGCUGAUAGCAUUGCAAGAAUCGAAAGCUUUAUGUGACAUAAAUGACAAUUUGUAGUCAAUAUGGAUUUAGUUUAUACAUAUUUGUCCUCGACAAAAUGCUAUUUAUGUUUGCAUUCAAUAUAUAACUGAAGGAUAGGAUUAAAACAAAGACAGUUUUAAAGAGUUUCUCCUUAACAUGUAUAAGCCUCAUUGAAAUGUUUCCACCAAUAGAAAUGCAUUUGUCUUAUCUCGCCUGUCUUAUCUCGCCAGAAAAGUGCAGAAAACGCACACAGUGCAGUAAAGAGCCGAACACAGUACGUUUCCAGAAACACCUGCAUUUCUAAGCUUGAACAUUUUUAUAAAAUUAUAUAUUUAAUACUGUCAUCUCAUGCAUAUUUUAAGAACAGCUAAAGACAUUGGAACAAAAGUCGAUUUUUAAUACUUCACAAAUUCAUUUGUUCCCUCCCAAUUUCCAUUUUAAUAUCUAACGCCCUCACUGAGCAACUGUUGUUCCGUUUGAUAAAAGAGUUGUUUUUGAACCUACAGAUCUUUGAUAUAUGUUUAAAUGCACGUCGAAAGUAUAUCAGUUUUAGUGACAUUUUUUUGAAAAUGUUUUUGUAAACUAUAACAGAGUUUGUCUACAGAAAGACAAUAGAAGUUGAAAUUUAAUUUAAAAUUUGUUCAACAUAGCUGCAUGUACAAGAUGCAAACAUAGAAUAGUAUAUUUUAACCUUCAAUAGGAUAUUAUUUCAGCCCGCCUCUGCGGGACGAUAUUAGUAUAGGAAUUUUAUAUGAAAGUCUACGAUAAAGACCGAAAUUCUCGCUUGUGGAGAAAAGAAACUUGAUCAUAAGUUCCUGCGAAGGAAUAAAUUCUUUGCAUCGGACCUGCAGAGCUCUGUGCUUAAUUGUAAUAUGGAGACACCCUCUCAAGAA